AGGAAGAAAUGAGUGUGGAAUCUGACGCUUCUACCUAAUGAGUAAAGUCUUGGUGCAUGAAGAAUUGCCGGCUUCCGGCGAAGAGCGGAUCUUAGGACACGGUCCCCAGCACAAGCAGAGCUGUCACCAUUCUCAAAUGUCGUCUCAUCUCUCUCUGCCGUUUUUAUUUAUACAUUACUUAAUCACCACCUUGGCCCAGGAAGAGAGUUUGGAAGCCAGAAGAACGAGCCUCGCACAACUGCCUUUGGAAAAAUUACUUCAUGUAAAACAGACAUUAAAUUCUAAAUAUAGCCACAAUAAAGGUGAUACAGCAGAACUAGGAGGAGAAGAAGAAACAGCCCUGCCGUACAGAACAGAACCGGACCGGAGGAGAGCGAACGGACCAACUCGCCGGGGCGACCCUUGGUCUCAUGAGAAAGAAGGUAAAGGGAAAGAUGUUUCUUCGAUAUUCCAGUCGACGGUGACCGUUCUGUCAUUUCUAGCCUUCGGAGGGUAUUUGCUGUGCUUGCUCUGCCAAUCCCUCAAGAAUACUCAGGUGAACCAGAUCCCAAUAACAGUGAUGCCAACAGUGGCUCCAGCGGCCAUCAUUAGCGGCAAGAGGAGGAGGAAGCGCCGAUCCACGGAGGAGAGUAUGAUCCGAACUUUGCACCUUAUUGCUGAAGGAUAUGCAGCCUACAGCCUCAACCAUACUCAACUCAAACAAUAACAGCUGUUGUAUUAGCUAAUAAAUUU